GAGAGUAGACUUUCUAGUAUGUCCAUCUGAGUAAAGACGCCAAAAGUGCSAAGUGACUAGAUGGGAGCCAAGGCGGACAACUGGGGAUUGGGAGGUUAAGUGGCCUCGUGGACUGGGAUGCCUAGCCAGAAAUUGGGACUGGAGAUAAUGGAUGAAGAUCAAUUAAUGGAAGAAGUCUUGGAUAAGUUUGUGAAUUGUCAUGAGCAAACAUAUGAAGAGUUUCGGAGCACUUUUACUCAUCUUUCAAAAGAAGAUAAUGUGACCAAAAGAGGAGCACUUGGAACUGACGCUUCUGGAAAAAUAUUUACCUCAGUAAAAUUUACUCAUAAAAAUGAACCAAAUGACCACCAUCUUAGAAAUACAACUGUAUUUCAUCAGACUUCAUCACAAUGUUCGGAAGAAGAACAGAUAGUGAUGGAUGAAGGUCAAAAAGUCGGCAGUUCCCUUCAAGGUGAUCUGAACAGGGCAGGAAAGAUCAAGGUAGACAACUUCCUAGAUUUAGAAGAUUUUGAUAUGGACGAAGAGAUUGAGCCCCAAAUGAGCAAGGAUUUCCUGCUGCUUCCAGGACAAGUGGAAGAGGAUGUGAGCACCAGUGUUUGUUCUUUCAUUCCUUCUGUGGACAAGCCUCUCGCUGCUGAGGGGAAGCCAAAUCCCACUGUUAAGAGAACAGAGAAGCAAGCAGAGGAGAUAUUUGGUGAUGAAGUCCAGCCCUUCUCACUUGAUGAAGAAUUUGAUUAUGACAAUGUGGCUCUAACCCCCAAGUUCACUGCUGCGGAGAUGGAGACCAUCAGAGAGCUGUUGAAGCAAGAGAGAAAGAACACCAACACAGACCUAUGACUGAUUUACCAAAGCAUCUCUGUUUAUUUUGUUUUGUUUUUAGUUCUUCAAGCAGUAUCAGAGUAAAUGAUAAGCUAGCCAUAAUUCCCUUUGUGGAAAUCUAUACGUGUGCCUUCAUUUUUCAGAGUUAUUUCUCAGUUAGGAGAGAGGGCAACUGACCAGAGAGCUGAGGAGGUGGCCUUGUCCUGACAUAUUGUUGCACCCUGUGACUCCUGGGGAUGGAGAAGGAAAUGGGGACAGGAAGUAAGAAUUACCUAAGGGAUUAUUGAUGAGAGCACAGCACAGGGUGAUGCACAAGGGUUAAAGUGAAAAGUGCAGACAGGAGCGCUCCUUUCUGGGUGAAGGACAGUCACACCCAGGAAACAUGUUGUAAUACAUAGAGGAAAAGUUCUCACAGAGGUCAGAGAUGGUGGCAUCAAUGUGUUCGUUGAGAGAGCUAACUUCUGGAAUUGAUUGGGCUUCGCAGAAAAAGAAGGCUUCUGAGAAUUGAUUAUAUGUCAUAUAUAGAAUUCUCCAAUUUGUUAUUAGUGUUAAACCAUGUGUGAUAGUUACAAAGUACAAGGAAUGAUUUCUGUAUCCAGAAUCUUUUAAAUUUGAAAAGGCAAGACAACUAGAGAAUAUUGGAACAUUGGAAUGCAAAUAACGCAGACCACCCACAAAUGCAUCAAGGAAAAGAGGGGUGAAGACCCAGAAAAGAGGGGUGAAGACCCAGAACAAGGGGGAAUAAUAUGC